UUGAGAAGAAAAAUCCUAAAAUUACAAUUGUUGAUUAUUUAUAUAACAUACAAGUGAACCUACGUGGUGAAAAAACUGGAAAGGCUUGAAGAGGAAUGGUCAGAAGAUGAAAGGGAAAGGUAAAGUUGAAGGGGCGAAAGGAAGCAAAGUUACUGGUUUACACAAAAAAGGAAACGGUUUUGCGACUGAGAAAGGAGAAGAAAAUGGUGAGCAAUUGCAAGAAAGUGCUGGACAAGGGAAGAAUGGAAAAGAUGGUGAGAAUUCGGACAAUGUGAAUGGAAAGAAAGAAGCGAUGUUUACUGAUAACCAAGAAGACAAAGAUCUCGAGGAUGUAAUAAAAGUUCUAUUAGAAAUGAGAAACAAAGUUUCUCAUAAUCAAGUGGAGGAGAGGGAUGAGGGUAUAAAUUCUGGGAAUCGGAAAAUUGAUUUGGGAAAUCAGGAGAUGGAUACUGAGAAAGUUCAAGAAAAUGAAAAGAAGUUAAGGGAUGUUGAGAACAGUGAAGAAGAUGAAGAGGUUUCAGUCGGGAAGAAGCCUGGUAGAAAGGGGAUGAACGGGACUACAAUCACCGGAAUUAGGGUUUCAGAAAUAGAGACAGUUAAUAAAAAUGGAGAUUUGGCUGAAGGAGAUGGAAAGGAAGUGAGUGAAAUAGGGAAUGAGAAGAAUGAUGGCGAAAGGGAAUCCUUGUCCAUCAACAGUGGCUUGCAGCAAGAUUCGAAGGAGGUUAAAAUUAACAGGCGCAGUCACGAGUUUGCUGCGAAGGUUUGCGUAACGUGCCAUCAAUGCCAGAGGAAUGAUAGAGGUCGUGUUGUCCGGUGCAAGAAAUGCAUGAGGAAGCGAUAUUGCAUCCCCUGCUUGAUUAACUGGUAUCCUAAGAUGACGGAGGAUGAUGUUGCUGCUGCUUGUCCAGUUUGUCGUGGAAAUUGCAAUUGUAAAGCUUGCUUGCGUGAUACUCCAAAAUCUUGCUUGCAUAAACUUGAAAGCCUGGUUGUCGGUGAUGAUAGAAAAGUAAUGCAUUCCAAGUGUUUGCUCCAAGCACCUCUCCCACACCUGAAACAGUUGAAUGGAGAACAAAUGAUGGACAGAAAGAUUGAAGCUACAAAACAAGCUUUUGCCUCGCUCAUGGACAACCUCAAAAUUGUGAAGAAUUUUACCCUGUCUAGGGAGACCAUGUGGGCUGCACUAGAAGCCUUAAGGGCUAGCAAAUCUGUAGCGAACAUGACUCGUGAGGUUUUCCAGUUUGUUGCCCCUGUUUUUGCGAGCCAAACUCUUGCUCCUGUCCCUGCUCUAGAGUUGACAUUUGCUGCGGGGGGCUCUCGUUCUGCAGUUUCAAAGGCCUCUAUUCCUGCCAAGGUGUCGGCCUCGGCCAAGUUCCCGACAGCUCCCAAGCAGACCUCCAAGGAGCCUAUCGCCAUUAGUGAAUCUGCCGAGGGCGGUUUUAAGGGAGGUGUUGAGGUCGCUCCUUUGGACAUCCAAUCUCUUCAGACCUUCACUGCUGUUGUGAUUGGAGGGGCUGCUGGUAAGCGGGCGCGAACCUUCGAGCCCACUCCUGAAGGUAGAGUUGCUAAGAGGACUCGGGCCGCAGAUUCUACCAAGACCGCGCAUCUCCCUUUUACUGACAAAGGGAAAGGGGUUGUGGAGCUGCUAUCCUCAGCCCUUGACAACGAGUCCCUCAACACUGUCGAUGUGACUCCUGAAUCUACAUUGGCCUCAAUCGCCAAGGAGCUUUGUAAUAAAAUGUUUGGUGGUGCUCCAGACACUUCAGAUCCUCGCUUCCUAGCCUUCUUUAGCUACCUUGCUUGCUCCACUAAGCAGCAAGCAGCGUUCAGUGCUCGCUCCUUGGACAACCUCAGAGAUAGUAUGAGGGAAAUGCUCGUUAUGGCUUUGGGAGUGUUUCUUGAGAUUGAUGCUCGGAACCGGUCAUUUCAAAGCUCGGUAGAGGAGCGUCGAGACGAGAAUAUUACUGCCACUGGUGAGGCUCGCGGGCAAAUUGUCGAGCUGAAAGGAGUCAUUGAGGACCUUACUCAGCGGCUGGGGAAUAUGAAAGAGGAGGCUGCCCGAGCUUCCUGUCGAGCUUCUACAGCCGAGUCUCAGCGAGACGAGGCCUUAUCACAGCUGUCCUCUUUAGAGGAGUUCGGUCGUCAACAUGAUGAGGCCACGACCCAACGUGAUGAGGCCUUAGCUCAUACUGUAGUCCUCCAGCAGGAGCUUAAUAAACACAUCGAGGACCUAAAGGGUAUGGUCUUGGCGGUGGAGGAGUCUCGCAUUCAACAACAACAACUCCGCCAAGAGGUCACUGCUCUAGAGGAGAGAUGCUCUGUUUUGUUAAAGGAUGCUCGGGCCGCAGAGGAUAGGGUCCAGCGGGCUUGUGAGAAGUGCUUACAGGAGUAUAAAGACUCUCCCGAGUUUAAAGAUAUAAUUCACUGGGCCUAUGAGAUACGACUAGAGGAGUAUAAGGCUUCCGCAGAGAUGAAGGAGGCUAUAUAUAAGGAGGCCUUUCGAAUGUUCGCCUCAGGCUAUAACCAGGGCUUGAAGUCGGCUAGGGAUACCCCCUCCACUCCGUUGGCGGACUUACGAGCACCAGAAGUGGACUCUGAUGGCGAAGACGUGCGUUAUGGAGAGGACGACAAUCCUUUGCCCAAAGGAGUUCCUCGCUUGCAAGGGGAGGAUGCUGUGGACAAAUCUUUAAAUGACUUAAUUAGUUUUGGUUCCCCUCCCCCCCUGCUACUUUUGUAACCCAUUCGAAUGAUCAAUAAAAUUUAUAUUUUUCCUUGAUC